AUGGGGUACACACGUCAUCUUCCUACGCCAAGAGAUGAAAUUUCCCUGGAUAUCCUUGACACCGGAGUACGGCUUUCCUCGGAAACAAUCGAAAAGCACACCAAAUGGGGUGACGGCUAUAUUCUCUUCUACUCCCUCACAGAUCGUGAAAGUUUGACAUACUUAUCAGAGGUCAAGGACAUCAUUACAAAAGACAAAUGUCGCGACUGUCCUUUGACUUUGGUGGGAAACAAAAGUGACCUAAUUUAUGCACGUGAAGUAAAUGAUGAGGAAUCAUGUGAUUUUGGGCAGAAAUUUGAUUGCCCUAAAUUUGAAAUAUCCACUGCAGAGACCAGUCAAGGGGUGCUGGAAGUUAUGGAUGAAAACAUGUGUCAAAUCAAGCGUGACUUCGUGAAAAAUAUGAAUACUUCUAAUCAACUGGCAAUAGCUGAUAAUAAGCCCCGCUCACAACUUAACAGUAUGAAGAAAGCAUUUAAAAAAAGAAUAAAUCGUAGCCAUAACGAUACAUUUUAG